GAGUCGCCAGCCUGCGCGAGAGCAAAGAAAAGGAACAAAGGGGAAAACCAACCUGACCAAAAAAUAAAUUUCAAUACGAUUCUCUCUCGUCGUUGCGGUGCGCCCUUCCGCCGCUCGUGCGCACGCGCACGUACGUAUUAUUAUUAUUCUUGCUAGCGAAAGAAAGGGUAGUGAUGAUGGAAUAAAAUAUUCCACCACCUCUCAGAAUCCGAUCCUCCCUCCAUCCAAGAAGUGCUCCUCGCCAUCUACUUCCUUUAAAUCUCCGGAAGCUGCCUCUCUCCCUCGGUUCUCGCCUCUUCCGAUCCCCUCGCUGGGUUCGUCUCUUCAGGAGGUGGAGUUUGGGUGGUGGAGGAGUGGGUUUUGGGAUGGACGGAGGGAGGGCCACCGCGGAUGCCACCUCCGGGCGGAUGGUCUUUGAGCCCAUACUGGAAGAGGGGGUUUUCCGGUUCGAUUGCUCGGGGAAUGACAGAGAUGCGGCGUUUCCGAGCAUUUCUUUUGUUGAUCCUAAGGCAAGGGAGACGCCAAUCAUGGUUCAUAAGGUGCCGCAGUAUAUCCCUAUGUUUCAACGUAUUUAUGGACAACAGAUCGUCAAGAUUCAGCUUCCUUCUGGAUCAUCCUUUUAUGGAACUGGAGAAGUAAGUGGGCAGCUUGAGCGGACAGGCAAGCGGAUUUUUACAUGGAACACGGAUGCUUGGGGUUUUGGUCCAGGAACCACAUCCCUCUAUCAGUCACAUCCUUGGGUUCUAGCUCUUCUACCAGAUGGAAAGGCAUUGGGUGUUCUUGCUGACAUAACUUGGCGUUGUGAGGUUGACUUACGGGAAGAUUCCAUGAUAAAGUUUGUGGCAAUGGGUGUUUACCCUGUAAUCACAUUUGGCCCACUUGAGACACCUACUGAUGUCCUGAUGUCGCUGUCUCAUGCAAUUGGAACCAUUUUUAUGCCUCCAAGAUGGUCACUUGGAUAUCAUCAAUGUCGUUGGAGCUAUGACUCUGCUGCAAAAGUUCUCAAGGUCGCCAGAACAUUUCGAGAGAAACACAUACCUUGUGAUGUCAUAUGGAUGGACAUUGACUAUAUGGAUGGCUUUCGAUGUUUUACAUUUGACAAAGAAUGCUUCCCUGAUCCAAAAUCCAUGGUAAACAACCUUCAUUCCAUUGGCUUCAAAGCAAUCUGGAUGCUUGAUCCUGGGAUUAAACAUGAAAAGGGUUACUUUGUCUAUGAUAGUGGUUCUCAAAGUGAUGUCUGGAUACUAAAAGCAGAUGGGAAGCCUUUUGUUGGGGAAGUGUGGCCCGGCCCUUGUGCUUUUCCUGAUUUCACACAAGAAAAAGCACGUUUUUGGUGGGCUAAUCUAGUGAGGAACUUCAUGUCUAAUGGAGUUGAUGGUAUAUGGAAUGAUAUGAAUGAGCCUGCUGUCUUCAAGUCGGUAACAAAAACAAUGCCAGAGAGCAACAUUCACAGAGGAGAUACUGAACUUGGUGGUCGCCAAAAUCACACUCAUUAUCACAAUGUUUAUGGCAUGCUGAUGGCAAGAUCAACUUAUGAGGGAAUGAAAAUGGCUAGUGGGACUAAACGACCAUUUGUUCUCACCAGAGCUGGGUUCAUAGGAAGUCAACGUUAUGCUGCAACCUGGACUGGAGAUAACCUAUCAAACUGGGAGCACCUACAUAUGAGUAUACCUAUGGUGCUUCAAUUGGGGCUCAGUGGUCAGCCAUUAUCAGGACCAGAUAUUGGUGGGUUUGCUGGAAACGCAACUCCAAAACUUUUCGGCCGAUGGAUGGCAGUAGGUGCUUUGUUUCCCUUUUGUCGUGGGCAUUCUGAGUCUGGGACCAUCGACCACGAACCAUGGUCUUUUGGAGAAGAGUGUGAAGAAGUAUGCCGCCUUGCAUUGAUGAGGCGCUAUCGGCUUAUACCACACAUAUAUACUCUUUUCUAUAUGGCUCAUACAAAAGGAACUCCUGUUGCGGCUCCCACUUUUUUUGCUGAUCCACGAGAUUCUCGUUUGAGGGCGGUUGAAAAUUCCUUUCUGUUGGGACCACUUUUAAUUUGUGCCAGCACUGUACCUGAGCAAUGUUCACAUGAACUGUCACAUGUGCUGCCAAAUGGAAUCUGGUUGCGCUUUGAUUUUGGUGAUUCACAUCCAGAUUUGCCAACUUUCUAUCUGCAAGGUGGUUCAAUUAUCCCUACAGGUCCUCCUCUUCAACAUGUCGGCGAGGCAAAACCAACUGAUGAGAUAUCACUCAUUAUUGCUUUAGACAAAGAUGGGAAAGCUGAAGGUGUUGUCUUCGAAGAUGAUGGUGAUGGAUAUGAGUACACUCAAGGGAAUUAUCUCUUAACAUAUUAUGUUGCCGAACUGCAUUCUUCACUGCUGAAAGUUAAAGUAUCCAAGACUGAAGGAUCAUGGAAGAGGCCUAAACGUGCUCUCCAUGCACAAAUACUGCUGGGAGGAGGUGCCGUGAUUGAUGCACGGGGUGUUGAUGGAGAGGAACUACAGAUUACAAUGCCUCCAGAAUCUGAAGUGUCUGACUUGGUGGCAGCCAGUGAAAAUCAGUACCAAAUGCGCUUGGAAAAGGCCAAGUGUAUCCCAGAUGUAGAUAGGCUUUCAGGACAAAAGGGCAUUGAGCUCUCGAAGACCCCUGUUGAACUAAAGAGUGGUGACUGGGUUCUUAAAGUGGUUCCUUGGAUUGGGGGUCGAAUUAUCUCUAUGACUCAUCUUCCUUCUGGUACCCAAUGGCUUCACAGCAGAGUUGAAGUUGAUGGAUAUGAAGAAUACAGUGGUGCUGAAUACCGGUCUGCUGGAUGCUCAGAGCAAUAUAAAGUUGUGCAGAGAAAUCUUGAACAAUCAGGAGAAGAGGAAUCACUUUGCUUAGAAGGGGAUAUUGGUGGCGGGUUAAUUCUCCAGCGCCAGAUAUCUUUUCCAGAAGAUGAUCCAAAGGUUAUCCAAAUUGAUUCUAGAAUUAUAGCCCAAAAUGUGGGAGCUGGUUCUGGUGGAUUUUCAAGGUUGGUUUGUUUGCGCGUGCACCCAACGUUCACUCUUCUGCACCCGACUGAAGUUUUGGUUGUAUUCAAUUCCGUUGAUGGUUCAAAGCAUGAAAUAGGCCCUGAAUCUGGAGAGCAAUCAUUUGAGGGGAAUCUCCUCCCAGAUGGGGAAUGGAUGCUGGUUGACAAAUGUGCAGGACUGAGUCUCGUUAAUCGCUUUGACCCAAGCCAGGUAAGCAAAUGCAUGGUGCACUGGGGAUCUGGAACAGCUAAUCUAGAGUUGUGGUCUGUAGAGAGGCCAGUGUCUAAAGACAGCCCUUUGAGGAUUUGUCAUGAAUAUGAGGUGAAGCAAAGCUUAUAACUCCCAAUUAUUGCUUGUUGUGGAUUUGCGAGAAAAGAUUGUAUGAUUUUUAAUGGGAUGAUAAAGAAGGAUUUCUCUUCAGUCUUUUAGACCC